AUGAAGAGGCAGUCAAACGUGAUUUCGAUAGGACUGCACAAAUGCACAAUAAGGUCAGCUAUCGAGCCAGGGUCAGAGGGGAAAGACGGUUACGUCGGCGCCGCUAGCCGCAGAAGUCUUCUGAUUCCCACAGACUUGGAGGCUCUACAACUGCUCGGAUCGAUUGUUGACGCUUGCGUUUCGAAACAGGUCACGUCUGGCAUGAUAGGCUAUGCACGACACAAUUGGCGCGGUGAUUUGAACUCGCGUAGGCCGCAUAACCUCUGGCCUCAUUGCAGUGUGUAUGUGUGGAUUAGACACGUACAGACGUGCUGGUGGAAGGGUAGCGAGUGGCCUAGACGCACGGCGCAUGACCAUCGAUCGAUACUACGACCUGGCCAAGAUUAA